AUGUCCGGCGAAUCUAAUUUAUGUACGACCAGAUUUGACGGCAAGAAAUGCAGCAUGCAAAUCGCUAAGGAAUGUCUCAAUGUCCGCUCAAUAAAGAAUAUAACGAACUUUAUUCAAGUAAGCAAAUUAGUAGCUGAUAAUGAUUGGGACAUAUUUACAGCGAGUGAAACUUGGCUGAACUCAACGGUGAAUAAUGCGGACGUAAACAUAUCAGGUUACAAACUAUUUCGAGGCGAUCGUCGUCAUAAACGUGGAGGUGGAGUAUGCGCUUAUAUUCGUGACAACCUUAAAGCAAAAGAGAUCACAGAUUUAUCAUCUACAUCGGAAAAUGGUUUCCAACAACUGUGGGUAAGAAUUCAACAUAUAAAAUUAAAAUCAUUUUUGCUUUGUGUUGUAUAUCGCCCACCGGACUGUGAAAUAACUUGUUUGGAAGAAUACUUGACGCCCUCUAUUAUAGAAGCUCAUUUGUAUGGUAAAGACAUAAUCAUAAUGGGAGAUCUUAAUUAUGACUUGUUAUCUAAUAAACCUGAAUCCCAAGCCUUGAAGGACCUUUGUACCAUGCUAAAUCUAUCACAGAUUGUCACAAAACCUACCCGACUUGCAAAAGAAUCAGCAUCUUUACUUGAUGUUAUUCUAACAACAAAUUUACAUCAAGUUAUUAGCUCUGGCAGUUUUGGAAAAUACAAUUAG